AUGGAAAUUAAGGUAAUAGUGAGUAAGGUCAACGAGAGGAACAGUUCGUCAAUGUUGACGGUAGUUAAGGACCUGGAUGUUGGCGAUGUUGUCUGUGCCGAAGUGUUGUCGGUCGACGGUGACCGCGGAAUCACUGUCCGCCUUCUUUGCGUUGCGGAUGGGCCUCAAAGAAUCGUCAAAGAUUUGGACGUUCAGGGAAUUAUCUACGAGGAUGAUUUACCGACUUAUUUUAGAACGACAGAAUACGAGCCGCACGACGAAUAUGAACGCAUCUUGCGCCGCUCGAAGGGCUUCAGGAACGUCAGCUGUGUUUCUAACCUUUGCCAGCGGUUCAAACUGAACGAAACGGGGCUGUACACUUUUCAUUCCCGCUUCGAUAGGUACUUUAUCCUUUCUUAUGACUAGUU